GUAAGUAUAUUUUUUAAUCGAUAUUUUAAUCUUAAAUUAAAUUAGGUACCUACCUAUUGGCUAUUACAUAUCUGAUUAGAGGAAAAAAAAUAUUCCAAGCUGGCAUGGGAAAUUCAUCGUAUGUUUUUAUCAAUUAAUGAGGUGAAGUUUAGAGUUAUUAAGAUAAUGAAUGAAUCGAUAGGUAGAUAUUAUAAAAACCAGCUGUCACUGUGCAUCUACACCAGUUCUCAAUAAACUUUGUUCAAGUGAAACUGUAGUUUCGUGUUUUAUUCCUUCUUAUUUCUUUAUCAUUUACAACAUUCACCGACAACAUAAAAAAUGCCAGCACCAAAAGGCUUUUUACCCGAAGACAAGAACUUCGCUACCAGAGCUAUAACUACUCGAUUCGAUCCAACUCAAUGGGAGUCAUUAUGCGUAACUACCCCAAUCGUCAUGAGUACUACUUUCCAACAACCGGCUCCAGCUCAACCAAAGAAAUACAUUUACGCUAGAAGUGGUAACCCAACUCGGGAAGUUUUGGAAGAUAUCGUCGCAGCAUUGGAAAAGGCCAAAUACGGUUUAUGCUUUUCAUCCGGAUUAGGAGCAGCCAACACCAUUGUCCAUACUUUGCAAGCUGGAGAUCAUUUGGUCGCCAUGGGAGACGUUUAUGGAGGUAUUUACAGAAUGUUCGAUCAAUGCUUACCCAAUAACGGAAUCGAAGUUCAAUUUGUCGACCUCGAAGAUGCAACCACGCUGACUAAAUACAUUAAAAAUAAUACCAAAAUGGUUUGGCUUGAAACUCCUACCAAUCCUCUAUUGAAAUAUAUUGAUAUCGAAAAAGUCUGCGAAAUUGCACAUCAGCAUGGCAUUGUCGUCGUUGUUGACAAUACCUUCCUAUCUCCGUAUUUCCAAAAACCGCUCGACUUUGGAGCCGAUGUAGUCCUCCACUCGUUAACCAAAUACAUGAAUGGUCAUUCAGAUGUCAUAAUGGGAGCUAUUGUGACCAACAGUGAAGAAUUAUACAAAAAAUUUGCUUUCCUUCAAAAUGCCUACGGUGUUGUUCCAUCCCCAUUCGAUUGUUAUUUAGUAGUUAGGAGUUUAAAGACUGUAGUUGUCCGCAUGAGACAACAUAUGGAAAAUAGUCUGAAAGUAGCCCAAUUCUUAGAAAGUCAUCCGUUCAUUGAAAGGGUUAUCCAUCCAGGACUGGAAUCACAUCCGCAACGAAAAAUCGCCGAAAAGCAGACUUCAGGAUGGGGUGGAAUGCUGGCCUUUUACGUCAAAGGUGGACUGAAAGAAAGUUCCUUAUUAAUAAAUAAACUAAAAAUUUUCACAUUGGCUGAAAGCUUAGGUGGCUAUGAAAGUUUAAUCGAAAUUCCGUCAAUAAUGACCCAUGCUUCGGUACCCUUAGAAGAGAAAAAAAAGCUCGGCCUAACCGAUAACCUUAUUAGGGUAUCAGUCGGUUUAGAAUGCGCUGAAGAUUUAAUAGAUGACCUUAAACAAGCUUUAAACGCGGUCACCGAAUCGACUAAAUGUAACGGUCUUAGUACUCUGAUCAAAUGAUCAUGAACGGAUGUCGCAAAUAGGGCCAUAAAUGGCUCAAUUAAUUAACACCUACGUACGUUAAGUUCCAUCGUAUAUAAAAAAUUUUCCAAUUUUUUUUUCUUUCUAAUUGUAAUUUUUUUGAAAUUUUUAGUCUUGUUCGUGUAUUUUUAUUUGCUGUGUACAUUUUUUUUUUCUAUUCGAAUAAAUCAUUAUUGCAAAUCAUA